UGCCUAAAACAUGUCAUGUCUCUGUCUCCUCAAAGAACUACAGCUGGAGUGCCGAGGCUGGAAGUGGAGGACUGUGGAUUUGUCAGCCUUGCAGGCUUCUGGAUGCAUCUUUCCUCAGCCAUGAGGAGAUCAAAAGGAUUUAAUAUCUGUGUGGUCACCUGGAGCAUCCUGCUCUUGUCCUGCAGCCUUCCAUGCCUUGCUCAGCCUCUGGAGGAGACUGGUGUGACAAAGGUCCAGCACGGCCCCUGGGCAGGGAAUGGGCUGGAGGAUGAAAGGACAGGCAUGGUGGACUUGAAAAACAAUGUGGGUCCUUCUGAGCAGGCAGUUUCUGAGGAGCCAUGUGCAGUGUCAGCACAGCCAUCUGGGACACCUGUGGAUGAAGCUUUCACUGCAGGAGGAGAAGCUCUCCCUGCCAGCCCGAGCCGUGUUGUCCCCAGCAGCCAGGCCCUGGGGGCUCACCCCUCUGCUGGGGCACUGCCUGCUGUCCCUGAGGAGGAGCUGGCUCCCACUGAGGCACAGCUGGAUGAGGAUGAAGCACUCAGGGCCAUGCUGACCACAGCUGUGACCACGCUGAGCCCUCCAGUCCAGGAGGAAUUUGGUGGCCCUAUUGGUGACACCACAACAGAGGGUGGUGUGGCAGUGGAGCCCAGCCCUGCUGGCCCCUCAGCAAACCCCCUUUCUGGGACCACUGUGGAGGAGGAGGAGGAAGCAGAGAGCAGCUCCCAGCCCUCACUGAGCCCCAGCUCUCCCAGCUGGGAAGCAGCCAGUGGCCACCCUGUCAUCCCAACUCCCCAGGCUGCGGGUGUGACCUCUGAGCUGGAGAUGCCGAGACCCCGCACAGGGAGCCCUCUGAGAUCCCUGGCUCCACCAACAUCUGUGGCUGCCAGACAUCCCCUUGUGGCAACUGAGGCCUCCCUUCAGCCAGAAGCAGGGACAGGUGUCACACAACAAGAGCUGUCCCCCACGGCUGGCACUGUCACCAUUGCUCCUAUGGACACUGUGCCACCUGACUGGGAUGACACAAAACUGGGGGACAUCAGUCAAGGGGGAAGCAUGUCUCACCAGGAGGUGACAGAGGAGCUGGGGACAACAGAACCGUCCCAGACCACUCAGGAGGAUGUGGAGGAGGAGGAUGCCACAAGAGGAGUGCCUUCCCCAGUGUCCCCUCCACCAGCGCCUGGGCUUGCCAAGGAGAGCAACUGCACAGUGCCAGUGCAAGGGGAGGAGCUGCCAGCAACUUCCACAGCCAGCAAUGAUGCCUUCCACACUGGGAACCUGUCAGAUGCAGACACAGCUGAUCUUGGCUCUCUGGAAAACAUAAGUGCAGUCACAGCAGAGGAGGAGAAGAGCGUCCCUCCGUCACAGCCGGAGGCUGCUGUGGUGACAGAUACCCAGCCUGAGCUCGCUCCUACUCUGGGGAGUUCAUGGGAAGGUGUUACUCAGGAGGUGACAACAGCUGCCCAGGAGGCUGAUGCUGCUCUGUCAGCUGUGACAGAGGUGCCUGGUGCCACCCAGGGAGCAGGGGCUGCCAGCUUUCCUCAGGAGAACAGCGGGGAGGACACCCAGAUGCUGACGGCUCCCAGUGCCACCGAGGUGCUGGUGGCACCUGGUGCCUCCUCCACAGUGAGCCCUGUGCAUGCAGAAGAUCUCACAGAUGGGAUCCUGGUCACCAGUGAGAAAGCUGUUCCAGCCACUGGUGGGAUGUCUUCUAGUCCAGCUGGACAGACAGAGGAGCCAUCCAGCAGAACUGUGGUCCUGGUGACUCCAGCAUCAGUGGCCUCCUCUGUCAGGAGAACAGCUCUUCCCCCUGUGCGGAGGAUCAGCACGGCCGUGAGCUACGGGCUGGACCGCCUGGAGUCAGAAGAGGGUGAGGAAGAGGAAGAGGAUGAAGAAGAGGAGGAGGAAGAAGAAGAGGAGGAAGAGGAAGACGAGGAGGACAAAGACAUUGACCUGAUGGAUGAAAGCAUGGAGGGUGACACGGAGCUGCCAGGCUUCACACUUCCAGGAGAGACCUCCCAGGAGCCCCUGGCUGGCCUGGAAAACCCUGUGGCUCAGCUGGCUGGGGUAUCCUACCAGGUUCCUGACACCAUUGAGUGGGAGCAGCAGAACCAGGGUCUGGGUUGCCAGUGAAGGACAGAGCAGCACUUUUGGACCUGUCUGCAUUCUCUGUGAGGUGACUUUGGUGUCUCUGUACUUGUUUCUUGAUUUGUGUGUAGGUGGUGUGUGGUAGGCAAACGCUGAACGCCUGGAGAGCGUCAGAGGAACACAAAGACCAGGUGUAUAACUUGAAUUUUCAGGAAAUAGAUAAAAAUACCUGAUUUUCCCCUGCUCCAUCUUUUGUGUUGCGUUACCAGGAGAGCUGCAGUUGGUUGAGGUGGGUUCAAAGCUGGUAUCAUUCAGUUCAUGGUCCUUUGUUACUCUUCAUGCAUCUUAGAGCAGGUGGUCUUUGCUCUACAGGAGAUCAAACCCCUCUGCUUCUGUUGGUGGUGGCUUCUUCUCCCAGUUCUGUGAGAAUUCUUAAUUUAACAAAAAUGAGCCCAGAGGAAAAUGGCCUCAGACUUCCAAGCUAUUUUCUGAUGCCUUGGUGCUUGCCUAUCACCCACAUCCCAGGGUGAGUAACUCCUGCUAUCCACAGUAGGUAACAGCAGGAGAUCUAGGGCAAUUUACUAAGCCUUUAAUUUUACCACACUGGGCCAUGCAGUAGUUUGCUUUGUUUAUUUAAAAUGUAGGGAGUUGGUGUUUUCUCCAUUUGGGCUCCACUUGAUGUAAUUUUUGUAUGUUUUUAACAUGAUUUUUCACCUUUGUCUUCAUCAAACUGCAGUUCCACAUUGCAUCUGAAUUUAAUGUCUGUGGUGGUUUGUAUGUAUGCAAGGUACAAUUUUUUAUUCUCUGUUUCAGCCUAAAUCCAUUUUUGCCCAUAGCUGACCCAUUGGUGUGUUUCUUGCACCCACCUGUUUAAGGCAAUACCAGAGGGUAUAUAUUAUAUAUAUAUAUAAAAAAAAUACAGAGUUUUAGCUUAUGAGAAGUCACCUGAGUUGCCUGGUUCCACAGCAUUUGUUUUUGAUUUCCAUCUGCCCAUGGAGGAAUUGUACACAGGGGAGUUUGGACCAUCCCUGUGGAUAGGAUUUAGAGAUUAAAAAAACCCCAAACAAACAGCAAUUUAGGAAGAAGUUAUGAAGUGUGACAAUAUAAUUCUCGACAUGUAGUUUCCAAAACAUAAACCAUGUCUGUGUUUCAUGUAUUUUUGUGGGUAGGACAUUGGUUCUUACCAUAAUGGAAGGUCGUAUUACUCUCUCAGGUAAUGACAAGGCACUUGCAUAAUAAACACACUUUUGGAAUGUG